AUGGUCCUUUCGCUCCUCAUCAGUUUCGGCACAGCCGUUGGGGCCUCCGAAGGCAUCAAAGCCUCAAUGGCUAGAUCCCGGAGGGAGGAGCAUCGAAGCCGAAAGAACAAUCUUAUCGUCCACUGCCCCAAGUCGUCACAGUACAGCCCUUGCCUCGAAGGGCGGCGGGUGGUAUUAUCCGGAGACAGACUCUUCAUUGACACCGGAACUGUUCAUGAUGCUCCGUUCGGGCACCCCUUCGAAGGAUACUACAUACCUUAUCCAGAAUCCAGGUAUGCCGGACUAGUUACAACCAUCACGCAUGAGGCGCCCAUCAUGAACUGGGUCUUUGUAGAUCCAGUAACAUACGCGCUGCGCUUUGGUGUGCGCGCAGUGGCAGAUGGUAAUCUCACAGGGCCGUUCGACUGCACCCGACAGGAUCGUCGACUCACUUUUUGUGGGUGGGAAGGCUUCUGUGCCGUGCUUGAAGACAGCGGUGUUUGGGGUCUGUACUUCGACCGAGAUGGAGAUGGCCUUCGAAAGAUGUUCGGGCAGGAAGGACGUGUAGUUAUUGAGAUUGAGCUCAUAAGAAGCGAAUUGAGGACUCCGAAGCCAGACUAUUCCGAACCGGAGCCAACAGCUGAUGCAACGCAAGAACAAGCUCAAGCAUCACAGGAAGCGGCAGAAAAGCCUGCGGAAACCUCAAUACCAAGUCCUGUCACGACUAAGGUGGCUGAUAUUAAGAACAAAGAAGGCGAGAUUUCAAUUAAAGAGGCUAUGAAUGAGGAAAAGAAUCCUAGUCUAGUUGAAGGUCAGCAUGAUCAAGAUAUGUGCUCUGUCUUUUCAGAAGCACUAUCGACAGAAUCUACCAGCAGCGGAGGAACCGGAAAAAAGGGAAGAAAAAGAAGGAAUAGAGGUGUUAAGAAACACAAAGGCUCAAGCGUCGAGACAUCAGAGUAA